UAUAAAAUACUGCCAAAGCAUUUCAGUCGAAAGCAGUUCCAGCAUAUGUUUCCCGCCAAAGAGCAAUAAAAUCAAAACAAUAAAGUAGCUUUCUACCGAAUCAGUUCCCAUGAACACACAUGGCCGGUUUCAUUGCAGCAGCAGUUUGUGAGCUGAUUCAUCCAGUCAGAGGAACCGAAGCUCAGAUGGGGAACUGACAGCACAGGAGGAGGACUUACACGAACACAUCCACUGCUCAAGGAACGCCGAGAACGUUUUCUGUCGGGAAUACAAACAACACCGGGAGUUACAUUGUUGCCGGUUGCCGGGAAUUAGUUGUUCCUUUGAACCGAGUCGGUUACUCGCCGUGAAAGUGAAUGGAGACAAAGUUUUUUAGUUUUUUUUUUUUUUUUUUCCCCGAGCAAGUUUUUAGCCGCCUGGCUAACCCCAGCCGCGAGAUAUGAAGACUUCGGGUCCACAACAGAUGUGUAGACUCCGUAUUUACUCCAAGUGAACUCUUACGAGAGCUUUUAUUUCGGUUUACUUCAGCGGAAUCGGUGUUGUGAAACCGCGAGCUAGUUUGCGUAAAGACGUGUCCCCUCAUGCACAAGUACCUGGGGUGGGUGGAUCACCUGUUCAAGGCUUCAAAGUGAAGGAAGAAUGGCAAAGGAACUGACUCCUACAGGAAAAGGGUUCUUUGGUGAUCUUUACUAACUUCCAUUGCACCACAAAGGAAGGGUUUCUUCCUUGAUAGGCUCGCUGUUGCAAUGCCACACAGUCCUGCAGUGUGACGGCAGCCUCGUCGUCAUGCUGGCCCUCGGACUGGAUCAUGGAAAAAGAGGGGGGAACGGCGUCGCAGGGAAGACGGCGACAGCGACAGCAGCGUGGCCGAUCACACGAGAGCCUGGCGUCAACAUCAAGCAGAAAAUCUCCCAGUGGGAGGGUCUCAGCCAGCAGGAGGAUGUUCGGAGUGGGAGUAUUAAGCCCGAGCGGACUCUUGCAUCUCGCAGGCUUUCAGGGGACCUCCUUGGAAAUGGACUUGACAACAGUGAUGGAGGUCGCAACAAAGCGACUGUAUCAAAAACCAAAAGCUUGGGUUUGGAUUUCAGGGAAAACCAGAUGACUUUUAGACCAGUUACAGGUGAUCUCCAGUCUGGUUUCCCAAGAAAUCUAACUCAUUUGAAUAAAUUAGCAACAUCAACUCCUAAGCCUUUAAGCACUGUAACCCAAGUGGCUAAGCUGAAUGUUAAAAGCAAUAAUAUCAAGACAAACCAUUUCACAGAUGUCGAAAUUACAUCUCUACCUCAGUGUGUAGAUGAUCCAGAGGCGUCAUUGCCUCCGGGGAACUUUUACACCUCCAGGGGUUUCUGGAAACGACUUGAGGCAGAUGACUCUUUCUGGGAGAAGGAGAAGGAUUCCUCAGUGGUGACUAAGGGUCUUGGUGAAAUCGGACCUUCUUCUCCUCCACCUAAACCACAGCGCACAUUCCAGUACAAGGGUGCGAGCAGUCCGCCCGGCCAAUGGAUCCAACUGGAGAACCAGACUCCAUCAGUCAGCAAAUCCAGUCAAGUCCAGAAGCAUGACAUCAUACUAAAGCCACCCAGCUGUCCGCCUCCUCCGUGUCCAGUCAACACUAUCAACGGGUUUUCCAGAAACAGAAAGAACAGGAAGUCGUUUGAGUUUGAGGAUGCGGUACGGCGGACAACCCAACAGGCCUCUAGAGGGAAGGAGGGCCGCCGAUCAGGUCUUUACCACGCCCGGUCUGAAGACAGCAUCUAUGAGGACAUCAUCUCGGAAAAAGAGAACCCAUAUGAAGACAUCAAGCUUUCUCCUAUGUGUUUACCUAUAAGACGGCCACGAAACUACACAAUUGGACAGAGAGAGAGCCCACAUAUCAAGCUCUCACCGAAGCCCUUCACACUGUUACCUAACGGCGACAGGCUGUAUAAAAUGGGGCCGGAACGUAAAGAAUCCAUAACGUCACCUACACGUACCUGUACUUCAAACACUCCUAAAUCAUCAGCAGCCAAACCUGCUACUACAUACAGGACAAUCCGACAACCCCCGCUUGUAAACAGGAUCCAGGAGAUAUUUGAAGCCAAAAGAGGAAGGAAACGCAUAUGGGCAACAGCAUCCAGAGAUGAUUUAAGUGGAACAGAGAGUGAUCCUGAGGAGAGCUCUAAAGAUCGCUCCCAGCGAACCGUGUAUGUUCAGUCAACUUUAAAGCGACGGCCAGGUUACCGCACUUUAGAGAGGGACCUGAUCCAACUACAAGAGCAGCAGCUUUUCCAGCAGUUUGUAGUGGUGUCACUUAGAAAAGCUUCUCCUGGAAACACAUACAUCCCAGAGAUCACACAACAGUUCCCUACAAAGUUUGAAAAGUCUUCUCGUCUGUCUCGUGAGGCUGAAGACCGAUUAAGAGCCAUUCCCAAGUUUUGUUUUCCUGACUGUCAUGACUGGCGUCCCUCCUCAGACCACAACAGUGAAACAUUUUCUUUUGUCCUAACGGGAGAAGACGGGAGUCGCUUAUUUGGAUACUGCCGUAAAAUCCUGCCCAGUGGGAAGGGGAAGAGACUGCCUGAAGUUCACUGUAUCGUCAGCAGACUGGGCUGCUUCAAUCUCUUCUCGAAGAUCCUGGAGGAAGUGGAGAGGAGGAGAGAGAUUUCUCCUGCCUUGGUUCAUCCUUUCAUGCACAGUGUGAUGGAAGCUCCUUUUCCCGCUCCUGGACGCACCAUCACCGUCAAGAGCUUUCUGCCGGGCUCCGGCAAUGAGGUUCUGACUCUGUGCAGGCCGGUGGACUCUCGUUUGGAGCACGUGGACUUUGAGAGUUUGCUGCAGUGUCUCAGUGUGACCAGACUCUUGCAGGUCUUCGCUUCUCUGCUGCUGGAGAGGAGAGUUAUCUUCAUUGCGGACAAACUCAGUGUCUUAUCCCGAUGUGCCCAUUCUGCCUUGGCUUUGCUGUAUCCCUUCACGUGGCAGCACACGUUCGUCCCGGUGCUUCCUGCCAGCAUGCUUGACAUAUGCUGCUCUCCUACGCCUUUUGUGAUGGGGGCUCUAUCUCCGUCCUUGCCUGAAGUGAUGGAUAUGCCCAUUGAGGAGGUUCUUAUUGUGGAUUUGUGUGCGGACAAGUUUGUUGUUCAGCUUGGAGACGAGGACUGUAUCUUACCUAGAAAGCUGCAGGCAGCACUUCAGGAGAUACUGGAGACCAGGGAGGAAAUCCUUGAACAAAGCACAAGAGACAGGAAAGGAGAUAAAUCAGACCUGAAUGCUCUGGUGUCAGAGGCGUUUGUGUGUUUUUUUGUUGAGCUGGUGGGACAUUAUUCUCUGUACAUGAGCGACUCAGGACCCAGUGGCACCCGAGAGCUGCAGAGAGAUGCUUUCAGAAAAUCUCAUCCGUCCCGAGGAGUGCGGCAGUUUCUCCAGCUCUUCAUGGACACGCAAAUGUUUGCUGGUUUCAUUCACGACAGAGAGCUCAGAAAAGGAGGCGUUAAAGGGCUGUUUGAAAUGAGAGCGGCGGAUUAUUUGGAUUCUUAUCCUGAACCUGAACCAAGUGGAGUCAACAAAUUUCUUAAGGGGCUCGGAAAUAAAAUGAAAUUCUUGCAGAAGAAAUAGACAACUAUACUGGACAGUUUUUCAAAAAAGUGUAUGAUGACUCAACCAACAUGUCCUGUAUCCAGCGUUGAAGGGUAGAGAUUAAGUCAAGACUGGAAUCAGCUUGUCUGCUCUCAGAAUUCACCCGUCGCGAAAGAGGAAAAGGCUGGAAAUGAGUUUAUAAGCACAACUAACAAAGAGGACUGAAUUAGAACCAAGAGGAAAGGGAAUAGUUUGUGUCAUGGUAUUGUAAUUUUGAUAGAUAAGGAAAAAUCUGACUAUGAAUGCAUAAGAACAAGAGUUGGGUUAAUGUCAGUGGUCAAUGUUUUUAUUGUCUUUAAUGUAUUUUUUAUUAAAUCGGACAAUAAGGUAAGCUCAUGUUUUAACCAAAAACAUUUUCCAACUGGAAAUUUGUUGUUUAAAAGAAAACACGAUGAAGGAUGAUUUCUAUUCCCCUUCAGGAAUUAAUUUAUGGUUCUUCAUAUGCACAGACAUGGCCUUUCCAGCUAAAUGUCAAACAUUUAUUUUCAGCCCAAUUUUCUGUUUUGUGAAAUAUCAGUGUAAAUGUUACAGUUUUACAUUUUGUACAGUUUUGGUUUUUAGACGAACUAGUUUUUCUUUGUAACGUUCGAAAAUAAAACAACGUGUUUCUGA